AAGGAUAGACAGGUAAAUGUGCAUACCAUGUAUUGGCUUGCAUUAGACCAGAAAUCUCAAUCUUAGUAUCAAUCCAUAAUGGUUUAAUAUUUUAUGGGAUUUGAAAGAAUUCAGUUCUAUCGAAGAAGAAUCUAACAAUAUUCUUUCUCCAAAUUUGACACUGUAAGCCUUUACCCCAGGCUAGUAUUAAUCUUGCUAUUUGCAUACACUCUUCAAACUCUUAUCCAUUGUAGUAAGUAUCGUACGAUUCACGAUACGAAUCGUACGAUACGAUACGAUACAUCCUCUCCGCGAUACGAAUCGUUCGAUGUAUCGUUUUUACUCCCGAAUCGUAAACGUAUCGUACGAUACAGGUGCGAAUCGUAAGAAUCAUGAUUCGAUUCGCGAUACAAAAAUACCCCCAAAUUAAAACCCUAAAUUUUUCCCCCCUGCCAAUUUACCCCCAAUUUAAAACCCUAAAUUUUCCCCCCUUUAUUUUAUUCACAUUGAAACUCUCUCUCUUCCAAACAUAUUAACAUUAACGAACCUCUCGACUCUCGUUCUCGACCUCGACUUCGACCUUUACUUGCACUGUGGUGGUGACGAGGUGGUGCUGUGGUGGUCGCACGGUGGUCGCACGGUGGUCGCGCGGUGGUCGCACGGUGGUCGAACGGUGGUCGCGCGGUGGUCGACGGUGGUGGUUGCGUUUCGUCUCGCGAACGCAUCUUUUCGUCUUCUGUUCGUGUGUGCGGUGGUUCUGUGGUGGUCGCGCAGUGGUUCUGUGGUGGUCGCGCGGUGGUCGCGCGGUGGUCGCACGGUGGUCGCGCGGUGGUCGUGCCGUCAUCGCGCGGUGGUUGCUGCGUUUCGUCUCGCGAACGCCUCUUUUCGUCUUCUGUUUGUGUGUGUGGUGGUUCUGUGGUGGUCGCGCGGUGGUUCUGGUGGUCGCGCGGUGGUUCUGGUGGUCGCGCGGUGGUCACGCGGUGGUUGCGUUUUUGUGUUGCGAACUACUCUGUUCAUCUUCUGUUUGUGUGUGCAGUGGUUUUGUGGUAGUUGCGGGGUGGUUCUGUGGUGGUGUGGGGUUCUGGGUAGGGGAUUUUUCAUAUGUGCAGCUGCUGAACUUCAAACAUGAGUAAGUCGAAAAGGGAGGCCGACAUUACUUGGAAUUACUGUGACAAUGUUCCACCAAAUAGGCUACAGGUUAAAUGCAAGUUUUGUUCUCACACUUGUUGGGGUGGUAUAGCAAGAAUGAAGCAACACCUUGCUGGAACAAAAAAAGAUGUUAUUCCAUGUUGUAGUGUCCCUGAUGAUGUGAAAGAUAUAUUUGUGAAGAUGCUAAAAGGUAAAGAAAAAAAGACAGAGGAUGGCAGCUUUGAUUGUGGAGGAGACUUAUCAAGAGAGGUGACAAAGGGAAAAAAUGAUCUUCAACAAAUGACAAUCAAUGCAACAUAUAAAAAUAGAGAAGAUGUAAUCAGAGAAAUUUGCAGCUGUAUUUAUGGCAAUGCAUUGCCAUUUAACCUUGUAAGGAGCCCUCUUUUUAUACAAAUGUUGAAGGCUGUUGGAGAAUAUGGCAAAGGAUUAAAACCUCCUUCUUAUCAUGAGGUAAGGGUUUCAUAUCUGAAAAAAGCUGUGGAUAAUGUUAAACAAGGUCUAGAAAAGUAUAAAACUGAUUGGGAAAAAUGGGGAUGUACAUUGAUGUGUGAUGGAUGGACGGAUGGUAAAGGAAGAUCAUUGACUAAUUUUCUUGUUAACAGUCCAAGUGGGACUGUUUUUCUGAAAUCUAUUGAUACUAGUGAUGUCAUUAAAGAUGGGAAGAAAAUGUUUGAGUUGUUGGACAGCAUGGUGGAGGAAAUUGGAGAGGACCAUGUUGUCCAAGUAGUUACUGAUGGAGCUUCUAACCUUGUGGCAGCGGGAAGAAUGUUAAUGGAAAAAAGAACCAAAUUAUUUUGGUCCCCAUGUGCAGCACAUUGCCUUGAUUUGGUUCUUGAAGAUAUUGGAGAGCUUCCAGUCUUUUACAAUACUAUUAGCAAUGCAAAGAAAAUCACCACAUACAUAUAUAGGCAUACAUGGGUCCUUAAUUUGUAUAGAAGCUACUCUAAUGGAAGAGAAUUAGCAAGACCCGCUGUCACACGAUUUGCUACUUCUUUUCUCACAUUAAAUUGUAUUAAGCAACAAAAGAAUGCUCUUAGAUCAAUGUUUGCUUCAGAGGAAUGGGCUACUAGUCCACAUGCUAAUAAAAGUGAGGGUAAGCAAGUUAUGAAUUUGGUGUUGAGUGAUGGUAGAUUUUGGAGAUCAAUCACCUAUUGCUUAAAAUGUGUGAUUCCACUUGUAAAAGUGUUGAGGCUUGUAGAUGGUGAUGCAAAACCAGCAAUGCCAUACAUUUAUGAAGCAAUGGAUAGAGCAAAGGAGCAAAUUGCUGAAAAUUUCCAAAAGAUAGAAACAAGGUAUAAAAAAGUGUGGAAGAUUAUUGACACUAGGUGGAAUUUGCAACUACAUAGGCCUCUCCAUGCAGCAGCCUAUUAUCUCAAUCCUAGGUAAUGCAUAUUUCACCUAAAUUUUUCCUACCAAGUACCUUUAUUUUCGUUCUUCUCAUGUCAUCAAUUUAUUUUUGUUGUGUUAGAUAUCACUAUGACAAAAAUUUCAAUCCGGAUAGGGAGGUCUUGAUUGGUUUAUAUGAAACAUUUGAAAAAAUGGUUUUGGAUGUUAGCACAAGAGUUACAAUUGAUCAACAACUUGAAAAGUUCAAGGGAGCUAAGGGGCUUUUUGGAAUGCACAUGGCAAUAGCUACUAGAAACAAGAAACAACCUGCUCUUUGGUGGGAGAGUUAUGGAGGAGAAGGUAAAGAGCUACAAAAGAUAGCCAUGAAAAUUUUGAGUCUCACAUGUAGUGCAACAGGGUGUGAAAGGAAUUGGAGCACCUUUGACCAAGUUCAUACUAAGAGAAGAAAUAGAUUGGAACAACAAAGACUAAAUGCUCUUGUCUAUGUCAAGUACAAUCUCCAACUUGAGUUGAGACAAAAGAGUAGAGAAGAGAAGGGGGAAACUUAUGAUCCCAUAUGUUUGUCAGAUAUUGAAUCAGAUGAUGAAUGGAUUACAGAAAAAGAAAAUCCUUGUUUGCCUAUUGAUUCGUCAUGGAUGGAUAUACAUGAGUGCUUUGAUGAUGAAGAGGGAGCUCCAAAUAAAAAAAGGAAGAGAGGUAAUUAUUUCUAUUCACAAGUUGAAAUUUGAAUGUCAACAAACUAGAACUAAACUUUAUUUCUUUUUCUUUUGCUAAUAUAGGACCAAGAAACUUAAAUGCCAAGACCAAUAAAAAAGGAAAAUCCGUAGUAGGAGAUGAGGAGGAAUUUGAAGACAUUAAUGAAGGAGAAGAACUUUCACUAGAAGAUGAAGAUGACUUAAGUGAUGUAGAUCUUGGAAAUGAUGAUGAUGAAAUAUGAAUGAUUUAGACUAGAAUGUUUUUUUGAGGUUCUUUAGGAUCCAAGCAACAACAACACUUAUUUUUUGGAUGGCUAUAAUGCAACACUUGUUUAGUAGCAUAUAGCCAUACUUAAAGAAAUCUUAGGCAGCAACCACAAUGUUUUUUGAAGGCUGUGUUGCUGAAAUUGUGAAUCUAUGUGGUAUAUAUACAUUGGUGAAAUUGACUAUGACGUUGUUUUGUUAUUAAUUGUCUCUUUGCAUAUUUAUAUAUCUUAUAUAUUUAAGUAUAUGUUACAUUUUUUUAAUGUUUAUGAAUCGUACGAUUCACGAUACGAUACGAUUCACGAUUCAAAAUUUAAGCUCUCCGAUACACGAUACGAUUCACGAUUCAACUACCAUGCUCUUAUCCUUUACAGACCCAUGCAAAAAAUAAAGUUCAUUCUUUCACAGCACUAAAAAGAAAAGAAACUUCA